UCGCCAAUGCUGUCAGUGCGAAACGUCAGCUGAAAAAUGGCCGCGCUGCUGCUGCAAGUCGUAUCAAAACAAGCUCCGCAAUUGAACCGCAACCUGCUGGAAGGCGUACGGCUUUCGUACAAAAAUCAUCACCCGUUGUGCGAAAAUUACUGCCGGCUACAUUCGCGGCAAUUGCAUGUCAGUGGAGUCGUUGUCGCUAACUGGUACAAUGACGAUGCCAGGAGAAGAAAAGGUGGGCGGCAGGAGCCUUGGGCACAGCGGCGAAACUAUUCCACCGAGACGAAAAAUCAACAAGCGACCGAAAAUGCCCUGCUGAACAUCUUUCAGAAGAAGAAAAAAGCACCACUGCUGCUGGCUGGUGUUUCCGGUUGCGGAAGCCAACCGCUUCAAAGUCCCAACCCACGACCGCAACAGCAACACCAAGAACAAGAACGGUGCAAACGGCGAGGCGAUGGUCGUAACACACCGAACAGAUUGCAUCCAUCAUCAACAACAUCCUCAUCGUUCGCUGGCGGGCCUCUAGCGACGAAACGUUUCAUCAUCACUUCGAGCGGGUUAUCCUUUCUCCCUUGCCAACUCACCACCAACUCACUGCAAGCUGCACCACUCACGAAACAAACACCACCCAUUCGUCAUUGUUUCCAUCUAGGGCACCAUCCGGCAUCGGGCGAAUCGAUCGGCACGUACGAUGGACCGGAAAUUACUGCCACGGACAUGAUCAAAGCGAUGGCGACCUACAUCUGGCCGAAGGACGAUGCGAUGGUCCGGAAGCGUGUCCUGAUUUCGCUAAGCUUGCUCGGUGGCGCAAAGGUGCUGAAUGUGUGCGUUCCGUUCCUGUUCAAAAUGGGCGUCGAUAAUCUGAACCUGCUGAGCAUGGACACGGUACCGCAGGCUGCCUCGGCCUUGACAAUCUCCGUGCUGCUGGGAUACGGUAUUGCACGUGCCGGUGCGGCCGGUUUCAACGAGCUGCGGAACGCAGUGUUUGCCCGCGUGGCGCAACAUUCGAUCCGCAAAAUUGCCACCAACGUGUUCCUGCAUCUGCACAAUCUCGAUCUACAGUUUCAUCUUAGCAAGCAAACGGGUGCCCUGUCCAAGACGAUCGAUCGUGGGUCGCGUGGCAUCAACUUUGUGCUGACCGCGAUGGUGUUCAACGUAGUCCCGACCAUGUUUGAGCUGGCGCUCGUAUCGAGCAUACUCGGCGUGAAGUGCGGUAUGGCGUACGCCGCCCUGUCGAUGGGUUGCGUUGGUGUGUACAGUGCGUACACGCUAGCAGUCACCCAGUGGCGUACCAAGUUCCGCAUCUACAUGAACCAGGCGGAAAACGAAGCGGGCAAUAAGGCGGUCGAUUCGCUGAUCAACUACGAAACGGUGAAAUACUUCAACAACGAACAGUACGAAGCGAACCGGUACGAUCAGGUGCUGAAGAAGUACGAGGACGCGAGCCUCAAGACUAGCACCAGCCUGGCAUUGCUAAACUUUGGCCAGAAUGCCAUCUUCAGUGUGGCGCUCAGCACGAUUAUGGUGAUGGCAGCGAAUGAAAUCGCUCAGGGCCGUAUGACGGUCGGUGAUCUGGUGAUGGUAAACGGGUUGCUCUUUCAGCUGUCGAUCCCGCUCGGAUUUCUGGGCAGUGUGUAUCGCGAGGUGCGUCAGGCCCUGCUCGAUAUGCGCACAAUGUUUACGCUGAUGGGCGUUCAGAGUGCGAUUCAGAGCCGUGUUAAUGCACCGCCCCUGGAUGUGAGCCGCGAGACGGCAUCGAUCGAGUUCCGCAACGUUGGGUUCCGGUACGCGCAGAGUAACGACAUUUUUAAGGACCUUUCCUUUAGCAUCCCGGCCGGGAAGAAAAUAGCCAUCGUGGGUGGUUCUGGAUCGGGCAAGUCGUCGAUGGUACGUUUGCUGUACCGCUUUUUCGAACCAACCACGGGCGAGAUUCUGAUCAACGGACAAAACAUUCGGGAGGUGGAUUUGCAGAGCUUGCGGCGAGCGAUUGCUGUGGUGCCGCAAGAUUCGGUACUGUUCCACGACACGAUUCGCCACAACAUUCACUACGGCGAUUUGUCGAAAUCGCAGGAAGAGCUGGAAAAUGCGGCCCGAAUGGCGGACCUGCACGAAUCGAUACAGCAAUGGCCAAAGCAGUACGAUACGCAGGUCGGCGAGCGGGGCCUGAAGCUGUCGGGCGGCGAAAAGCAACGGGUAGCGAUCGCGCGUGCUAUACUGAAAAAUUCACCCAUCCUCAUAUUCGACGAGGCGACGAGCAGUUUGGAUUCCAUCACCGAGCAUAACAUCCUGCAAGCAUUGGCGCGGGCAACGGAUAAUCGUACCAGCAUCUGCAUUGCCCACCGUCUGUCGACCGUGAUGGAUGCGGAUGAAAUUUUAGUCCUAGAGAAUGGCCGCGUGGCUCAGCGCGGCACUCACGACCAACUGCUACGAAGCGGAGGCCUUUACACGAAGCUGUGGGACACCCAGAAUCGGUUGUACAAUAUCGGUAGCAAGAAGCUGAACGCGGAAGAGAGGAAGUAACGUUCAUUAGCGUAGAAGCAAUUGCUGGUGUAUGCUUAUGAAACUGGGUAGGAUGCAAACGAACUCCGUUGUUAACUAUUUUUAAUCUUGAUGUCCACUUAGCCCCCAGAUUCCACACACAAGUAGAAUAGACGGUGACAGGCGGUAGUGUAGUAGAUUGAAUUGUGAAUAUUUUUCGAAGCAAACGAUUUCCGUUCAAUGAUGUGUUAUGCCCAGUGUACAGUGAAAUGGAACAAAUAAAACUAGCAUAUGUAUGACUCCAUCGAA